GCAUUCGGAAAUCGGAAUAGCGAGCAAGGGGAAGCAAGCGGAUGGGCAGAAAGACCAAAUAGGAAAAGACUUCGGAAGGCGAGAGGAGAAAGAGCGAAAAUAAACAGCACCGGGAGAGACAGCGGACAUUGCUUCUCUUCCCAGCAAAACUGAAACCAACUGCUACACAAAGAACAUUCCCGAAUCUCCAUCUUGUUUAGGCACUGGGCUGCUCAUGAAGGAUUCAAGAGGCUGAUCCUGCAGUCCUAUCAAGGAUGGAAGGGGAAACCUCUGAGUGUUUUCUCCCAGGGACCUCCGAGAUAUCUGCAGGUGGAGGAGAUGACAGACAGAACUCAGCAGGACCACCUGCAAUUUCACCAGUAAUAACAACAAAAGCGUUGGAAUGUGCAAGGAGCUUCAUGGAUCCUGGAGAGCUUGGAAAUCAACUACAAAUGCUUAGAACACACCAUCAAUCUCACAUUGGAGAAAAACCAUUCAAAUGUAUGGAGUGUGGAAAGAGCUACUGUAAACGUAAAAGCCUUAAGACACACCAGCAUAUUCACACAGGGAAAAAACCUUUUAAAUGUAUGGAGUGUGGAAAGAGCUACUGUGAACGUAAAAGCCUAAAGACACACCAGCGAAUUCACACAGGGGAAAAACCUUUUAAAUGUAUGGAGUGUGGAAAGAGCUUCGCUGAUAGGGGAUACCUCAGAAGACAUGUAGUAGCUCACAGAGGGGAGAAACCCUUUAAAUGCAUGGAAUGUGGAAAGAGAUUUAGUGUUUAUAGUCGACUUAAAAGACAUCUAUCUACUCACUCAAAGGAAAAACCAUUUGAAUGUACGGAGUGUGGAAAGAGCUUCGCUGAUAGGGGAUACCUCAGAAGACAUAUGGUAAAUCACAAAGUGGGGAGACAAUAUAAAUGUAUGGAGUGUGGAAAGAGCUACAUCCAUAAUGUAUCCCUUAAGGUACAUCAACAAACACACACAGGAGAAAGACCAUUUGAAUGCAUGGAGUGUGGAAAGAGCUUUAGUUUAAAAAAUGGCCUUAAAAGACACCUAUCUACUCACUCAAUGGAAAAACCAUUUGAAUGUAUGGAGUGUGGAAAGAGCUUCACUAAUAGGGCUGCCCUCAGAAAACAUAUGGUAAUUCACACAGAGAGGAAACAAUAUAAAUGUAUGGAGUGUGGAAAGAGCUUCCUUCAGAAUGUAUCCCUCAGGACACAUCAAUACACACACACAGGAGAAAGACCAUAUAAAUGUUUGGUUUGUGGAAAGAGCUUUUCCUUAAAUUCCACCCUUACAACCCAUCAACGAAUCCACACAGGAGAAAGACCAUAUAAAUGUAUGGAGUGUGGAAAGAGCUUCCGUAAAAUAGCUCAUAUGAGAAGACAUCAACAAAUUCACACGGGAGAAAAACCAUAUAAAUGUAUGGAAUGUGGAAGGAGUUUCAGGCGCGGCUCAGAACUUACUUCGCAUCAUCAAAAACACACGGGAGAAAAACCAUACGAAUGUAUGGAAUGUGGAAGGAGUUUCAGUAGCGGCCCACAACUUACUUCGCAUCAUCGAACACACACGGGAGAAAAACCAUAUAAAUGUAUGGAGUGUGGAAUGAGUUUCCGUUACGGUUCUCAACUUACUUCGCAUCAUCAAACACAUACAGGAGGAAACCCAUAUGAGGAACCAUUUAAAUGUAUGGAGUGUGGAAAGAGCUUUUCUUUUACUCAUGCCCUUAAAAGACAUCAACAAAUUCACACAAGAGAAAAACCAUAUCAAUGUAUACAGUGUGGAAAGACCUUCCGUCGUAGAGAUAAUCUUCGAAUACAUCAACAGAUUCAUACAAAGUAAAGACCAUUCCAAUGUAUUGAGUGUGGAAAGAGUUAUAGUUACAAUGAAACCCUUAGAAUACAUCAACAAACUCACACAAUGGAAAAACCAAUAUAUAGUACGGUGUGGAAAGUCUCUCUCUCUCUCUCUCUCUCUCUCUCUCUCUCUCUCUCUCUCUCUGUGUGUGUGUGUGUGUGUGUGUGUGUGUGUGUGGUUUUUCAAAAUAAAAAUUUAAAAUCAGAUAUCCAACAUACAACAUAAAGUCAAGAUUCAAAGGAAUUUCCUGGGCUUCCCUCCUCCCCUUUGUUGUAAAUAAUUUCCUCCUGUGUCUUUUAUAAUAAUCUAAAUCUUUUACAUCUCUAUUAUGUCCAAAGUGCACCAUUAAACUACAAGUUUAUUCCAAUCCUAGUAACGAUUUUAGCUUUUUACAAUGGUUUUUAAUAUAGCUUGUAAAUUUCCCCCAUUCCUUAUUAAAGUUUAGUCUUCCUGAUUUCUAAUUCUUCUGGUCAUUUUUGCUACUUCAGCAUAAUCCAUCAAUUUAAUCUGCCAUUCUUCUCUGGUCGGGACUUCAUUUUCUUUCCAUCUCUGGGCCAAUAACAUUCAUGCAACUGUGGUAGCAUACAUAGGUGCUUUUUUUUUCUUUGAAAUUUCGGCACCUAGGAUUCCUAAAAGAAAGGCUUCAGGGUUUUUAGAAAAAGUUAUUUAAAACAUUUUUUGAUUCACUAUAUAUCAUUUCCCAAAAUUCUUUUACUACCUUACAUGUCCACCACAUAUGAUAAAAGGUGCCUUCUUUUCCUUACAUUUCCAACAUACAUUGGACCCUUUUUUAUAUAUUGUUCCUGAUUUACUGGGAGUUAAAUACCAAUGAUACAUCAUUUUCAUAAAGUUUUCUUUCAACGUAUAACAUGCUUAUUAAGUCCCCCCCCCAAUACUUCAUACACUGAUUUUCUUACAGCAUGAUUUAAGAAAGCUCUAUGUACUUUAACCUUCUCAUACCACAAAUAUGCAUGCGAACCAAACCGUAUCUAUUGUCAUGACCAGGCACCCCCAAACUUCGGCCCUCCAGAUGUUUUGGACUACAAUUCCCAUCAUCCCUGACCACUGGUCCUGUU